GACGCCAUUAACGAGAUGGACGAGUACUUCAGUCCUAUCCACACAUACCAGGUCUGCAAUGUGAUGAGCCCUAGCCAGAACAACUGGCUGAGGACGGGCUGGAUCCCUCGAGAAGGAGCCAGGAGGAUCUACAUCGAGGUCAAGUUCACCCUGAGGGACUGCAACAGCAUGCCUGGAGUACUGGGCACCUGCAAGGAGACCUUCAACUUGUACUACUACGAGUCUGACAGAGCGGCGGGCUCGUCUAUACGGGAGAACCAGUUCAUUAAGAUUGACACCAUCGCAGCAGACGAGAGCUUCACAGGGGUGGACCUGGGAGUCCGCAGACUGAAACUCAACACUGAGGUACGAGGCGUUGGUCCUCUAAACAGACGAGGCUUCUACCUGGCCUUCCAGGACAUCGGUGCCUGCAUCGCCCUCACCUCGGUACGGGUGUACUACAAGCGCUGCGUGGGCGUGAGUCGUAACCUGGCGGUGUUCACCGACGUGGUGACGGGUGCCGACUCGUCUUCUCUGGUGGAGGUCAGAGGGCAGUGUGUGGAUCACGCCGAGGAGAGGGACACGCCCAAGAUGUACUGCAGCGCUGAGGGCGAGUGGCUGGUGCCCAUCGGCAGGUGUGUGUGUUCUGCUGGAUUCGAAGAGCACAGAGACUCCUGUGUAGCCUGUGAGGUGGGUUUCUAUAAGCCGGUGGCUGGCGAUGGCCUGUGUGGUAAAUGUCCUCAACACAGCCACUCAGAGACCAGAGCCGCCCUCGCCUGCCCCUGCGACUCCAACUACUAUCGAGCGGCAGAUGACCCACCAGCAGCUCCAUGCUCCCGCCCUCCAUCUGCUCCAGUAAACGUCAUCUCCUCGGUCAAUGGGACGUCUGUGAAUUUAGAGUGGGAUCGCCCUCUGGAUACUGGAGGUCGCAGCGACCUGCAGUACAACGUGUUGUGUCAGAAGUGUUCAGGGGAAGGAGGGCCCUGCGAGGAUUGUGCAGCCUCCCCUGGAGCCGCGGUUCGAUUCGUCCCACGCCAGACCGGGUUGACGGAGCCUUGGGUGACAGUGCUCAACCUGGUCGCCCAUACCAACUACUCCUUCCGCAUCUUGGCCUGGAAUGCGGUGACGCACCUGAGUAACGAGCCCUCUCUUUUCGCCUUGGUCAACAUCACAACGAACCAGGCAGCCCCCUCUGAAGUGUUAGCGAUCCGCCAGGAGAACACCAGCCAAAACAGCGUGACUCUGCUGUGGCACGAACCCGACCAGCCCAACGGCGUUAUCUUGGAGUACGACAUCAAAUACUAUGAGAAGGAUAAUGAAGAGCACAGUUAUUCCACUCUGAAGUCUAGAAAUACCAGUGCCCGAGUCUCGGGAUUGAAGCCGGGCACCAAGUACAUCUUCCAGGUCCGAGCCAGAACGUCAGCAGGCUGCGGACGCUUCAGCCAGAAUGUGGAGAUUCAGACUGGGAAAGCAGCUCCUCUGCGCUACAACACCAUGACUAUCAUUUGGAUCUGCAUGGCCCUGGUGUCCACACUGGUCACCUUUCUGGCCAUCAUCAUCUGCAGGAAACGACACUGUGGCUACAGCAAGGCCUUCCAGGACUCUGAUGAGGAGAAGAUGCAUUACCAGAACGGCCACGUGUCAUUCCCCGAUGCGAGGUUCUAUAUCGACCCGCACACAUACGAGGACCCCUGCCAGGCAGUCCACGAGUUCGCCCGAGAAAUUGAAGCUUCCAGGAUCAAAAUAGAGAAAAUCAUUGGCUCAGGGGAGUUUGGGGAGGUGUGUUACGGACGCAUGAGGCUUCCCGGGAAGCGAGACAUCCCAGUGGCACUGAAGACCCUGAAGGCAGGAUACACAGAUAAGCAGAAGAGGGACUUCCUGGCCGAGGCGUCCAUCAUGGCCCAGUUUGACCACCCUAACGUAAUCCGGCUGGAGGGAGUGGUAACCCAGAGCAAACCAGUGAUGAUCAUCACAGAGUACAUGGAGAACGGCUCUCUGGACUCCUUCCUCAGGAGACAUGAUGGCCAGUUUACUGUUAUCCAGCUGGUUGGGUUGCUGCGCGGCAUCGCGGCUGGUAUGACCUACCUGUCCGAUUUGGGAUACAUCCACAGAGACCUGGCUGCCCGUAACAUCCUGGUCAACAGCAACCUGGUGUGUAAGGUGUCUGAUUUUGGCCUUUCCCGAGUGCUGGAGGAUGACCCAGACGCCGCAUACACCACCAGUGGCGGUAAAAUCCCGAUCCGCUGGACAGCCCCGGAAGCCAUCGCUUACAGGAAGUUCUCCUCCUCCAGUGACGUGUGGAGCUACGGAGUGGUCAUGUGGGAAGUUAUGUCUUAUGGAGAGCGACCAUACUGGAAUCUCACCAACAGAGAUGUGAUCAAAUCUGUGGAAGAGGGCUACCGGCUGCCUGCCCCCAUGGGCUGCCCUGCUGCUCUACACACACUCAUGCUGGACUGCUGGCAGAAGGAUCGCAACGAGAGGCCGCGCUUCUGCCAGAUAGUCACCGUUCUUGACAAGCUAAUCCGCAACCCAGAGAACCUGAAGUCUAUUGACACGCUCUGCAGUUUAAACAGUCCUCCGCUGAUGGACAGAGCUAUUCCCGACUUCAGUAGCUGUAAUUCAGUAGACGAGUGGCUGGACACCAUAAAAAUGGGCCGCUACAAGGACCGCUUUGCAGCAGGGGGGUACCACACUCUGGGACACGUCAUAGGCAUGAACCAAGGGGACAUCCAGAGGCUCGGAGUGACGCUGAUGGGCCACCAGAAGAAGAUCAUGACCAGCGUCCAGCUGAUGAGAGCGCAGGUCCUGAACAAGAGUGUGCCAUCAGUGCACGUAUAA